CGUACGAAGUACGACCUCAGUCGGAGAACAUCCGCGCGUUAGUCAGCUUCGCGUGUUCGCUCUUUCGCGUAACACCGUGUCGCGUAUCUCUUUCUCUCUCUCUCCCUCUCUCUCUCUCUCUUUUAUUUUUUCUUCUUACCUUACUUUUCCUUUUCCCGCUCUCGCUCUCUGUCUCUCUCCCCCCUUCUCUUUUCCCAUAUUUUUCUCUUAUUUUCUACGAGUGCUUGUCUCACACGCCACGCAAUACCGUUCACUGGUCGUAGCAUGUGCCCACAAGUUCACAGUCUUAUACACGUUUAUCUACCCCACCAUCAGCCCCAUAAUAAACUUGUCUCUUAUGGUUACCGUUAAAGGGUUAUAUUUCGCGUCCGUUCGGGAACAGGAAAGGAAAAGAAAAAUCUACGCUAUUUCCAUCACGCUUCUUUUAGAAGCUCGUUUCAAGCGACAAAUUUCAUCGUUGAAGGAAACGAUAUCGUACGCUUCGCAGAACGACGACUCGUCUGGCCGAGUUCGUGCACGUGGUAGUUGAGAGUGCGAAGUGUGUUAGUUUUACUCUUUCUCUCUCUUACUCGCUGUGCUUCUCUCUCUCUCUCUCUUUCCAUCUGUCUAUCCAUCUUUUACUUGCUGUACUUCUAUCUCUUUCUAUAUAUCCUUCUCUCUCACGUGCGACGCUAUUGGUCGAGGUCGUGUGUAGAGAGGAAAAGAAAGAAAUAAUAAGAGGCGCGUUUUCUCGUUUCGCGAGACGAUCACGAAUUUACUGUCAUUCUUGGAAAGUUUCGGAACAAGGUUGAGAGAAGGAAGAAGAGGAAGAGGAGAGACAAGGAGGAGAAAUUCGAAUAUCUUGGAAGGAGAAGAAACUGGCCGGGAAGAUGAGUUGCUGUACGAGUGCACCGAUCGUGACCCAAACUUGUGAGACUUUGUUGAGCAAAUGCGAAGUGCCGAUUAUUGACCUCGCUCAUAUGGGGACCGAAAGGAGUCCUCAGAAAGGAGUUGUCAAGCAAGUCGCCACGAAAUUAGUAAGAGCGUUAUCGGAAAAAGGAUUGGCUUUACUCGUUAAUCAUGGCAUUCCAGAAUGUAAGUUGAAGGCCGCGUACAGAGCACUAGAUGAGUUUUCCGAAUUGUCAGAAGAAACAAAAAGCAAGUACGAACGUGAUCCUUCGACUAAUCACGGAUAUGUCAAGCCAGGAAUGGAGAAAUUCUCGGAUGAAGAAGAAAUUCGUCACGCUUACAACGUCACCGGCCACAAAGGAGCGUUACCGCAAGAUGAAGUACCCGGAUUUAAGCCCGCAGUCGAAGAACUAGCUCGAGAUUUCAAACAACUCUCUGCCAUGCUGUUAACUGCUCUGGCCGUGGGCCUAGAGCAAUCUCCCGACUUCCUGCUCACGAAGCACGCGCACAUGCUGGGAACUGGUAACGAAACGACUCUUCGUCUUCUCUACUAUCCACCACUUGGUGCACCGGUACCAGGCGUGACGCGUUGCGGAGCUCAUUGCGAUUACGGCACUUUCACUCUGCUCGCACAGGAUUGCGAAGGUGGCUUAGAAAUACAAACACCGCGUGGAGAUCAGUGGAGACGGGUCGGUCAUCUUCCUGGAGCUAUUUUGGUUAACACAGGGACCAUAUUGGCCAAAUGGACCAACGAUCAAUUUCCAGCUUUGAGACAUCGUGUAGUUGUACCGGAACAUUGCGGUCGUGGUCGUCAUUCCAUCGCAUUCUUUGUACAUCCGAACAACGAUAUCCCUAUUGAACCGUUGGAUAUUAAAAUCGUGAAGGCCAAUCAAGAAUCGGCACCCUGCCGCCUUCAAAAAAAGAAACGUGGUGUCUUAACGGCGUAUCAUCAUCUUCAGCGUCGAUUUAGAGAAACUUAUGCUUCGUAAUAUCGUGUCUCGGUAUCAUCAAUAUCUAUCAUUCGGUUCAUCAUUGAAAUGCACUAUUCAUUUUCCAGGUUACAUUUCGUAUUGGCUAUAUGAUUUCUAUCCUCACCUUGAUUUAAUGUAACUCACGAGUAAACUCUUUUCAAUUGGAUACAGUUAGAUUCCUUUCUCGUACGAUUCUAUGAUUUAAUCGAAUAAUAACAAAUUACUUGACACGUUAGACACAGUAUAAGUUUGUCAUACCAGAAAACAUCGAUGUCUCGUCUUAAGGCAAUAAUAAAGAAUUCUGUACUUACAUUUAAA